UGGUUAAGGUAUGCGAUGACAGGGCAGAUAACGCAGAAAAGCGACGUAUACAGUUUUGGAGUGGUUCUUUUAGAACUACUGACUGGGAGAAAGCCUGUUGACCACACCAUGCCCAAAGGCCAGCAAAGUCUUGUCACUUGGGCGACUCCAAGGCUGAGCGAAGAUAAAGUGAAGCAAUGUGUGGACACUAAGCUAAAUAAUGAUUAUCCCCCAAAGGCCAUUGCAAAGAUGGCUGCUGUGGCAGCACUGUGUGUGCAAUACGAAGCAGAUUUUAGGCCAAACAUGACUAUCGUGGUUAAGGCUUUGCAGCCGCUUCUCAACUCGAAACCGGCUGGCCCUGCUGAUAAUGCUAAUGCAUAAAUUAUGUGUAAUGUAGGCUAUUAAUUAACGUAUUAAUGUA